AUGCAACCAGCAGAUUAUCGUCUUGUACGUUCACAGAUUCAAGCUGGAGUGAUGAUACCGAUUAAACGAACUAUAUAUCCAAAAACUAUUGAUCAUUUUUUUUCUUAUUGGUUAUAUGGACAAAAAAAAUCAAUCGAACAAAUUCCAGUUAAUUUACCUCGAUCUAUGCCUUGUCUUGUUUGCUCAGAUAAUAAUAAUACAAAAUAUGAAGAUUUUUCUUUAUUGACUGUUGAUAUAAAUCUAUUUCUACGAUGUUUACCUUUAUUAAAUAAUGAACAAUUAUCAAUACUUUAUACAUUACUUAAUGAUGAUCAACAAUCAUAUCAAUAUGCUAUUCGACAACAAUAUCAAAAUUAUAAACAGCGAUUACUUACAAUUUUAAACAGACAAAAUAAUAUGUGA